AUGGGCACUCUUCAAGUAGAAACUCCAUAUCCAAACACCUCGAAGCAAGAAGAAGAAGAAGAAGACGAUGACGUGUCCCCCAUAGAAGAAGUCCGUCUAACCGUGACCAACACGGAUGACCCGACCCUACCCGUAUGGACCUUCCGUAUGUGGUUUUUGGGCCUCCUCUCUUGUGGGCUCCUCUCUUUCAUCAACCAAUUCUUCGCCUACCGAACCGAGCCCCUUGUCGUGACCCAGAUCACGGUCCAGGUGGCGACCCUACCCAUCGGGCAUUUCCUGGCCGCUGUGCUGCCGAGUCGGGGGUUUCGGGUUCCCGGUUUCGGGUCGAGACGGUUCUCGUUAAACCCGGGCCCGUUUAACAUGAAGGAGCACGUGCUGAUAUCCAUAUUUGCCAAUGCGGGCAGCGCGUUCGGUAACGGGUCGGCUUAUGCGGUGGGGAUUGUGACUAUUGUGAAGGCGUUCUAUGGGAGGAAUAUUUCUUUCUUGGCUGGCUGGUUGCUUAUUAUCACAACUCAGGUAUUGGGAUAUGGUUGGGCCGGGCUCUUGAGAAAGUAUGUGAUCGAACCGGCCCAUAUGUGGUGGCCUGGUACCCUGGUUCAAGUCUCCCUCUUCAGGGCCUUGCACGAAAAAGAUGACAGACGCAUGUCGAGGGCCAAGUUUUUCCUGAUUGCACUAAUCUGCAGCUUUUCUUGGUACGUAGUGCCGGGUUACCUAUUCCCCACUCUCAGUAGCAUCUCAUGGCUAUGUUGGACAUUCUCAAAGUCGAUCACGGCACAACAGAUUGGGUCUGGCCUAAGAGGUCUGGGACUUGGGGCCCUAACAUUAGACUGGACAGUUGUAGCAUCCUUCUUGCUCAGCCCGCUCGUAUGUCCCUUCUUUGCUAUUAUGAAUGUCCUAGCGGGUUAUGCACUGAUAAUCUACAUAGUGAUCCCUAUAGCCUACUGGGGGUUUGACUUAUACGGUGCGAGCAAAUUCCCGAUUUUCUCCUCACACUUGUUCACAUCUCAAGGUCACAAAUAUAAUAUAUCUGCGAUUGUGAAUGACAAAUUCGAGCUGGAUAUGGAGAGAUACAAUGAGCAGGGUAGGAUACAUCUCAGCAUGUUUUUUGCCCUGACGUAUGGGUUCGGUUUUGCAACUAUCGCAUCCACAAUGACGCAUGUAGGAUGUUUCUAUGGGAGAGAAAUCUACUCGAGGUUCCGUGCUUCAUACAAUGGAAAAGAAGAUAUCCACACAAGGCUUAUGCGCAGAUACAAGGACAUACCGUCAUGGUGGUUUCAGAUAUUACUGGUAGUGACACUUGCAGCUUCUUUAAUACUCUGCAUCUUCUUAAACGACCAGGUUCAGAUGCCAUGGUGGGGACUCGUCUUUGCCAGCCUCAUUGCCUUUAUUUUCACACUCCCAAUCAGCAUCAUUACAGCCACAACAAACCAGACACCGGGCUUAAACAUAAUCACAGAGUAUGUUAUGGGUAUCAUAUACCCGGGAAGACCAAUUGCUAACGUCUGCUUCAAAACCUAUGGCUACAUGAGCAUGGCCCAGGCUGUCUCCUUUCUCAGUGAUUUCAAACUAGGUCACUACAUGAAGAUCCCUCCCCGAUCGAUGUUUAUAGUUCAGUUCUUAGGUACAGUUAUAGCCGGAACAGUCAACAUUGGUGUGGCGUGGUGGCAGCUUACAACUAUCACCAACAUAUGCCAAGAUGAACUCCUUCCACCAGACAGCCCAUGGACAUGCCCAGGAGAUAGAGUCUUCUUUGAUGCAUCAGUCAUAUGGGGUCUAGUUGGACCCAGAAGAAUUUUCGGAAGUCAAGGAAAUUACAGUUCAAUGAACUGGUUCUUUCUUGGUGGUGCAUUAGGGCCGAUCCUGGUUUGGGUUCUUUACAAGGCAUUUCCAAGACAAUCUUGGAUUCCAUUAAUUAACCUGCCCGUCCUUCUAGGGGCAACCGGUAUGAUGCCACCAGCGACACCAUUAAAUUACAACGCCUGGAUAAUCGUCGGGACGAUUUUCAACUUUUUUGUUUUCCGCUAUCGGAAGAGCUGGUGGCAGAGGUACAACUACAUUCUGUCGGCAGCUUUAGACGCUGGAGUAGCUUUCAUGGCAGUGGUGCUCUAUUUCUCUCUGAGCAUGGAGGGCAAAGGAAUAGAUUGGUGGGGUACGAGUGGUGAACACUGCGAUUUGGCAACUUGUCCAACUGCCAAAGGCAUACAAGUUGAAGGCUGUCCGGUGCACUAA